AUGGCCAGUUGGGUUGUAUCAGAAUGUAGUUUAAGACCCUUCACUGCCGUCAAAAUCCACCAUAAACCUAGACCUUCAUUACCUUCAAACACCAUUAAUGCUUUCAAGUUCAAACCUUUACCAUGUUCUGCAUUCAAGGUCCCAACUUUAUGGUCUAAAGGUAGAAACUUGGGGGGAUUGGGGCUGUUGAAUGUGAGUGCUCCAUUGAAAGUGACAAUAACUAGUGAAGAAGAUAAAGGUAAAGAAGAGAGCACCACUGAUGGGGUUAAUAAUGGUGAGUUUGACCCUGGUGCAGCACCUCCUUUUAAGUUGUCUGAUAUUAAAGCUGCAAUACCAAAACAUUGUUGGGUUAAAGAUCCAUGGAGAUCUAUGAGUUAUGUUGUGAGAGAUGUUGUUGUUGUGUUUGGAUUGGCUGCUGUUGCUGCUUAUUUCAAUAACUGGUUUGUUUGGCCACUUUAUUGGAUUGCUCAAGGAACCAUGUUUUGGGCACUUUUUGUUCUUGGUCAUGACUGUGGACAUGGUAGUUUUUCCAAUAAUCCAGCUUUGAAUAGUGUUGCAGGUCAUCUUCUUCAUUCUUCAAUCCUUGUUCCAUACCAUGGAUGGAGAAUUAGCCAUAGAACUCAUCACCAGAAUCAUGGGCACAUCGAAAAUGACGAGUCAUGGCAUCCGUUGUCUGAGAAAAUUUACAAGAGUUUGGACAAUGCAACAAGAUUAUUGAGGUUCACCUUGCCUUUCCCUAUGCUUGCUUAUCCUAUCUAUCUGUGGAGUCGAAGUCCCGGAAAAAAGGGUUCACAUUUCCAUCCGGACAGUGAUUUAUUUGUCCCAAAUGAAAGGAAAGAUAUAAUCACCUCAACUGCUUGUUGGACGGCAAUGGUUGGCUUGCUUGCAUAUUUGUCUUUUGCAAUGGGACCAAUGCCAUUGCUUAAACUCUACGGCAUCCCUUAUGCGAUAUUUGUGAUGUGGUUGGAUUUGGUGACAUACCUACAUCACCAUGGUCAUGACGAGAAGCUUCCAUGGUAUCGAGGAAAGGAGUGGAGUUACCUGAGAGGAGGGCUGACGACGCUUGAUCGGGAUUAUGGAUGGAUUAACAACAUCCACCACGAUAUCGGAACUCAUGUUAUACAUCAUCUCUUCCCUCAAAUCCCACAUUAUCACUUGAUUGAAGCUACCGAAGCAGCAAAGCCAGUGCUCGGGAAAUACUACAGGGAGCCAAAGAAAUCUGGGCCUUUACCAUUUUAUUUACUCGGGAUACUCAUAAAAAGCAUGAGAAAGGAUCAUUAUGUGAGUGACAUUGGUGAUGUCGUGUACUAUCAAACAGAUCCUCAACUAUAUGGAACUAACAAAUCAGAUUGA